AUGGUUACGCAGGUCUGGUCGAAAUAUAUUGGCCUUCUCAUAGUUUCAGCUACCUUCACUGUUCACAAAAACAGCAUUUGCGAUGCUACAUGUUUCACUAGACGUUUGAACUGUCAGCAGAAAGAUGAAUGUUGUUGCGAUGAGCCCUCCUUGCAAACUACAUUCAACGACAUAUCAUCCAGCAGAGCGUUUGUUUCAUGCACCUGGACCUGCUCCAACAACAGUCACUGCCUCGCUUUCAAUUUUAAUGAAAAUUCAAAAAUCUGUAAAAUAUUUUAUGACGAACCUCUAAGAUGUUUUCAGAAUAUAGAUGGCUGUCAUCACAUGUAUCUGCCAGAAGCUGUAAUCCGGAACCUGACGAUAGGAGCUGACGACAGGAUAGUCGCGUUGUACUUCGACGGAGUGCCCCAACAGCGCAUGCCCAACUGGAGCACCUACAAUAGGUACGACUCCUACAUCGUCCCAUUUCACAUCCAAGUCAUUGCGAUCCAUGCUCACAACUCAAUAACCGGAAGUGAGCUGCAUUCAUCUUUAAAUCCACUUUUGAAUAUUCAUCUUAAUGUUGGCUGA